CUUGACUUUGCCAAUUGAUGGCCUCUGUUUGGAUGAGAGGUGAGAACGUUGGGCGCGUGCAUUCAGUAUACUGAACUCUAAAGCGAGCGAGGUGGAGAAAAAAAUAAAGUGGUUCUCUGCAUUCAAUAUUCACCAUUCUGAUUGCCUAUGCUUUCUUUCAUUUCCUGCCUCUUCACACUGGUUUGAGGCCAGUUUCCGGCCGGUUUUCGGCCGGAAAUGGAAGUGUCGGGUAGAAGAAUGAGUUUCGGGCUUUGGUAAUGGCUGCUGUCGUUCAUCUAAGAGGAUGGUCGAGAACCAUAAUCCGACCUUCACUUUCUUUGUCUCAUUUCUCAACGCCCCAUCAGUGUCUGCGUACCUCCUCCUUAUUUCCGUUCAGAGGCUGCAAUUUUCGGCCGAGUGCCGGCCUGAAACUGCCGGAACCCGAACGGACGCGGGCGGGGAAGAACAGAAAACUGAAGAGGAGGGUGGUAGAUGGUGAAUUGAGGAGGGACGUAGUUCGAUUUCCUCUGCCAGAGUUCAACGAAAUCCUGCAGAAGUUCGGUCGCCUUGAAGAGGAAGCUGUUGAUACACUGGUUCUUUUGAAGGAGAAGUUAAGGGUUGCUGUUUUGGUUUCAAAAGCUGCAUUUCAAUUUAUCCACGGUAUUGCAUCUACUCCAAAUGAAUAUACGAUCCCUGUUGAAGUCAAAGAUGCGGGUUUUGGGAUCUGUGCUGAAGAGUUGGGUAGUAUUGUUGAAGGCCAUGAUAUAAAGAAGUUGAAAGGCCAUGGUGGUGUGGAAGGCAUAGCUAGCAAGCUCUGCACAUCAUGUACGGAUGGAAUUAAUGCUACACAAGACUCAGUAAAAGCCAGGCAAGUUGUUUAUGGACUCAACAAAUUUACCGAGAGCCCACCGAGGGGUUUCUGGUUGUUUGUAUGGGAAGCACUUCAGGACAUGACCCUCAUUAUCCUUGGUGUCUGUGCAAUUGUGUCAUUGCUCGUUGGAGUUGCUUCAGAAGGGUGGCCUACAGGUGCCCAUGAUGGGCUUGGAAUCGUUGCAAGCAUACUGUUGGUUGUGUUUGUGACUGCAACAAGUGAUUAUCGCCAAUCUUUGCAGUUCAAGGAUUUAGACAAAGAGAAAAAGAAAAUCUCAGUUCAUGUAACUCGGAAUGGCUACAGGCAAAAACUUUCUAUAUACGAUUUACUUCCUGGUGAUCUAGUUCAUCUGUCAAUUGGUGAUCAAGUUCCUGCAGAUGGACUUUUUGUGUCCGGAUUUUCUUUGCUGAUAAAUGAAUCCAGUUUAACUGGCGAAAGUGAGCCCGUAGCUAUAACUGCAGACUACCCUUUUUUGUUAUCUGGGACUAAGGUCCAGGAUGGAUCCUGCAAGAUGCUGGUGACAACUGUUGGAAUGAGGACUCAGUGGGGUAAAUUGAUGGCAACUCUCAGUGAGGGAGGGGAUGAUGAAACACCUCUGCAGGUCAAGCUCAAUGGUGUGGCUACUAUCAUUGGAAAGAUUGGGUUGUUCUUUGCUGUAUUGACCUUUGCAGUACUAACACAAAGCCUUUUUAGCCAUAAAUGGCAGGAAGGCACUCAACUCUUCUGGACUGGUGAAGAUGCACUGAAGUUGUUGGAGUAUUUUGCGGUAGCAGUAACAAUUGUUGUGGUCGCAGUCCCAGAAGGAUUGCCUUUGGCUGUAACGUUAAGCCUUGCCUUUGCAAUGAAGAAGAUGAUGAAUGAUAAAGCACUUGUGCGCCAUCUUGCUGCUUGUGAAACUAUGGGCUCCGCAACGUGCAUUUGCAGUGAUAAGACAGGAACCCUGACAACCAACCAUAUGACUGUUGUGAAAUCCUGCAUUUGUGGCAACAUAAAGGAAGUGAGCAACCCGAAGGAGGCCGAUAGUAUUCGAAGUAAUAUUUCAGAUUCUGUGCUAAAAGUACUUCUACAGUCUAUAUUCAACAACACAGGUGGUGAUGUGGUGAGAGACAAAAGUGGAAGGGUUGAGAUUCUAGGAACCCCAACUGAGACUGCUUUAUUGGAAUUUGGCUUGUCACUUGGUGGAGAUUUCCAGUUAAUGCGACAAGAAUGUAAACUAUUAAAAGUGGAGCCUUUCAAUUCUGCCAAGAAGAGAAUGGCCGUUGUACUGCAGCUUCCAGAUGGAAGUUUGCGUGCCCAUUGCAAAGGUGCAUCAGAAAUUAUUCUGGAUGCAUGUGACAAAUAUAUGGAUUCAACUGGUAACAUCAUUCCCCUUGAUGAAGCAUCAUUUAAUCAUCUCAAGGAUAUAAUAGAAAGAUUUGCUGGUGAAGCUUUAAGAACACUGUGCCUUGCAUACCUUGAACUUGAAGAUGAUUUUUCCCAGACAAGUCAGAUUCCAAGUAGGGGUUACACACUCCUAGGUAUAGUGGGUAUCAAAGAUCCAGUCCGUCCUGGCGUAAAGGAGUCUGUUGAAAUAUGCAGAUCAGCUGGUAUUACUGUGCGGAUGGUUACUGGAGACAACAUAACCACUGCAAAGGCAAUUGCCAGAGAAUGUGGUAUUUUAACUGAUGGUGGAAUUGCUAUUGAAGGGCCACAGUUUCGGGAGAAGAAGCCAGAGGAGAUGAAGGAACUAAUUCCAAAGAUCCAGGUGAUGGCGAGAUCCUCACCUCUGGAUAAGCAUACCUUGGUGACUAACCUGCGUUCUAUAUUUGAUGAAGUUGUUGCUGUGACUGGUGAUGGGACAAAUGAUGCACCAGCUCUUCAUGAAGCUGAUAUUGGACUUGCGAUGGGCAUAGCUGGAACGGAGGUGGCAAAGGAGAGUGCAGAUGUGAUCAUAUUGGAUGAUAACUUCUCUACAAUAGUCACUGUUGCCAAAUGGGGGCGUUCUGUAUACAUAAAUAUUCAAAAAUUUGUGCAGUUUCAGUUGACUGUUAACGUUGUUGCACUUGGUGUCAAUUUUACGUCCGCAUGCCUAACAGGUAAUGCUCCUCUCACUGCUGUUCAGCUUCUCUGGGUUAACAUGAUCAUGGAUACGCUAGGAGCACUUGCAUUAGCCACCGAGCCUCCGAAUGAUGAGCUGAUGAAAAGGUCACCAGUUGGAAGGAAGGGGAACUUUAUCAGCAAUGUAAUGUGGAGAAAUAUUAUUGGACAGGCAGUUUAUCAAUUUUUUGUAAUAUGGUAUCUCCAAGCACAUGGGAAGGAAGUUUUUCAGCUCGAUGGCCCAGAUGCAGAACUUGUCCUCAACACACUCAUCUUUAAUUCUUUUGUCUUCUGCCAGGUUUUCAAUGAAAUAAACUCCCGAGAGAUGGAAAAAAUAAAUGUACUUGAGGGAGUCCUGGAGAACUAUGUUUUUGUUGGCGUCAUAUCAUGUACAGUUAUAUUCCAAAUAAUAAUUGUCGAGUACCUUGGUACUUUUGCAAGCACCACUCCACUCACUUUAUUCCAGUGGAUUGUGUGCAUCCUUUUUGGGUUCCUCGGUAUGCCAGUUGGUGCUGCAAUUAAGCUGAUUCAUGUUUGACCCCACAGAGAAAGACAAGUUUGAUCACUGUUUGGGACAGCAAGAAAUUACCUUUAUGGAGGGCAUAUCAAUAAACUCAAUAGCCACUUAUCAGUGAUUUCUUCACGCUACAGCAAUUGAUCCACAAAAUUGUGCAUUUCGGCAACAUUGAAGAUUAUGAAGAUCUCCAGAUUAUUGACGAGUUCAAAGAUGUUAAAUACCCAGUUUCACGAAACCAAACUAUUCCUUUUUCACAGUAUCCUUUUAUUGUACUCAAGUUUAGUAUCAAAAUUUUGUAAUUGUUGGAGAUAUUAGCUUAAACCUUUGCAGUUCUGGGGCCUGAUUCAAGCCCAUUCCUCUGUGCAGGAUGUACCCACCAGUGUUGUCAGUUUUGGCCCUGCGUAUUGUAUCGUUGCAAACCGAAACAAUGCUGGCUGAUAUGGGAGUUGGAACACAAGCAUUCUUUAUUUUAGUGAAGAUUUAAAAUACAUUUAUUAA